UGGCCAUUUCCCCACUUCCGCUCCUGCGCACUGUGUGGCUCUAGUGGGCCACGCUGUCUGGAGGACAUGGCUACUUCCCGCUUACCCCCAGCGACGCUAACGCUAAAGCAGUUCUUGAGAAGACAGCAAGUUCUUCUUCUAUACAGAAGGAUUUUGCAAGCAAUUCGGCAAGUUCCAAAUGAUUCUGAUCGCAAAUACCUGAAGGACUGGGCAAGGGAAGAAUUCAAAAGAAACAAAAGUGCUACAGAUGAGGAUACAAUCCGGAUGAUGAUUACACAAGGCAAUAUGCAGCUCAAGGAGUUAGAAAAAAUACUUGCUCUAGCAAAAUCUUAACUGUAACAUUAUUCCGAAAGAUUUUAAGUCUCUGUGUUUUUUAUUGAACUUAGGCUUAACAAUGGGCAGCCUAAAGCCAAGCCAAACUGUAUGUGCAGUACUCAGGCAAAAUACCAGAACAUAGAGCAUGGCAUGUCACCAAGAGCAAAGAAAAGCGCAUCAGAACAAUUGCCUUAGCACCCAAAAACAUAACUCUGUAUUUUGAAAAUGAUUCUGGAUUUGUCAGCAGUUUUUCUAAGGAACAAAAACCAGUAUGACAGUUUAGCAUGUACAAAGAUACUCAACACUAUUAUCCACCAGGAUAAUGCAAAUCAAAACCUCAGUGAGAUACCAACACAUCCACUGGAAUAGCUGUAUUUAAAAAGGGAGAUAACAAACAUUGGUGAAGAUGUGGAGAAAUUGGAACUCUCGUACCUUGCUGGUAGACACAUAAAAUAGUAUAUCCACUUUGGAAAACAGACGGUUGCUCAAAAGGUUAAAUAUAGUUACCCGAUUGAGCAGUUCUACUCCUAUGGUUAUAACCACAAGAACUGAAAAUGUAGGUCUACAAAAAACUUGUACACAAAUCUUCACAGUUCCAUGAUUUCAUAAUAGCCAAAAAGUAGAAACAGUCCAAAUGUCCACCAACUGAUAAAAUGGAUAAAUAAAAUGUGGUAUAUCCAUACAAUCCAGCAAUAAAAAGGAGUGUAGUGUGAUACAUGGCUACACACGGUUGAACCUGGAAAACACUAAGUGAAAGACGCCCAUCACAAAAGAUCACAUACUGUCUGAUUCCAUUUAUACAAAAUGUGUAGAAUAGGCAGAAAGAUCAAUGGUUGCCUAGGGCUGUGGGUAGAAGGGAGAGUAACUGUUAAUAUAUAUAUGGAGUUUCUUUUUGGGGUAAUGAAACUAUUCUAAAGUUAGAUUUUGGUGUUGGUUGCACAGUUCUGUGAAUAUACUAAAAUCCACUGAAAUGUACAUUUUACAUGGAUCAUGUGAAUUAUACCUCAAUAAAGCUGGGUUUCUUUUUAAAAUUUUUAAAUUGAGAUAUAAUUGACAUGUAACAUUGUAUAACUCACUAAAGCUAUUUUGAAAAACAGUAUGAGAUGUAGGAUUGGAGGUAAUACUGACCUCAGGAGAUAUCCUGGAACUUUCUUGAAAAGUCCUUCUGUAUUACCCUCAGGGUUAUUGAGGUAUGUUCUUCAGAUGUACCAUGAUCUGACAUUCUGAGGGCUCUCUGAAAAGACCACCACUGGGAAUCUAGAUCUUUGUUGGGAAGAGAAGAGAAAGAGCAGCUUAAUGAACACCUUGCAGCAUUUACCAAAAGAAAAGACAACUACUGGAUGAAACUAAUGCAAUCACCUCAACAUCUAUGUAGAAGUAAAAUAAAUUAGGAAAGCUCCUUAGUGCAGUAGGUUCUCCAUCCGUGACAGGAAAAAGCAGUUUGAAGAAUACACUGGAAACACUUUUGAAAGAGACCAGAUGUAUAACACAGUUAAUUUGCUGAAAGUGAAAGCUUGUGGUAAGAGGCUGGGAUUGGCAGAUCUGCAGACCGAAGUCUUGUUUAUCUACAGAUCGAAAAAGUUAAUCCACAAAUCUGACCAGCACCUGAAAGAUGUAUGAAAAAUGGUGUCUAAUAUUGGACUGUGUGGCAGGUCAAUGACCUACAUUGCCAGGGUACACUUCCAUGUCACAUAGCCUCAGAGCCCACAGGACAAAAUAAUUCUGAAUACCCUUCUAAAGGGUAAUCUACUAAUUCAAAAUGUUUGCAUGAGACAAUUUUCAGAUUUUUAUAAAGAUGUAUGUUAAUCUACUGCAAAGUCAACUGAUGAAAAAAAGCAGUUUCUAAACAUAGAACACUUUAGAAAUAUUCUUUGUGUAGCAUGAUUGACAUACAAACUCCAACACAUGCUGUCUCUAGUAAAUCUAAACUCUCAAAGUUAAAAAUCAUCCUUCUAUGAGGUAUAAAAGUCAGUGACUUGGUGAUGUUCUUCGUAGCAGUGGAAGAUGUAAGAGCAUUUCUGAUUUGAAUUUGCAAAACACAAAUGCCAAAGACUAAGAAAACCGAGGGUUUUUUGUUCAUUUUUUUUUAAAGUGAGUAAAACACUGAAAAUUUCUUAUCUUGCAGAAGAUUAUAACAGCCUUUUACCUUUGUCUCUACAGAACAGCUUAAUUUUAUUUGUUCACUUACGUGCUUUGAUUAUCCUGAGUGAAUUAAAGGCAAACUCUGUUGUUUAGCCUAAGAAGAUUUAGCAGUUUCUUCUCACAUUUGGAAUCAUGUUCCUUAAGAUACUGGCCAUAACAGAACUGCUGGUGAAACAUUUUAUUCAUUAUUUUUAUCAAUAUUCUAGAUUAGACAAAUUACCUUCCUGGGUAUUCUCUGUAAACUGUACUCUUGUUUGAAUGUGAAAGUUUUCUUCCUAAAGUUUAAACUUGAAUGUUCAGCUUAUGUAUUUGAACAAUAAGUCAAAAUUUUUAUAUUAAAAUUUUAAAUAUAAAAGCUAUACAGCAAAUGAGAAGUGGCUAAGGGUAUUUAUUAUUUAACAUAUGACUGUCCCUGUGUCAUUUCCCCCUUUUAAGUGUACCAUUGUGUUGGAAAUUUUAAAUUCACAGCACAGGCGUUGCUGUGAAUAUGUCUGCAGAGACAGGUGACUUUGAUAUUUGAGGAAAGCAGAACAUACUUCCUGGUGUAAGGAUUGUAGUUUUACCAGCAGAUACUCAGGAAAGGCUGAGAGGCAGAGACCCACACUUACCUAAAUUUAUCUUUUACGAAGGAAACUGCUAGUAAAAGAAAACCAAGGAAGCAGUUCACAUCUACCUUGGGAGAAAAAAUUGGGAUUAUGUAGAAUAAGGCCCACACUAGAUUAAAAGCAAAUUGUCACUCUUUGCCAAACUAGAAAUUACUAUAAGCUAUUUCUUCACUUGAGUCAGGCAUUUGAGAAAUUAGCAUAAGUUAAAUUAAUUAUGUUUACUAAGAAGAGUAAAUCACUUUUUACCCAUUCUGUUUUGUAUUAAAAGUGCUUUACUGUGUCUUGCUUUUGUCUCAUGGAUUUAAUUUACACUUAGUCACAAUAUUUGACUUAUUGCAGGAAAAGAAUAUUCCUCCUUAAAUAAAAUUAUAAAAAUUUUAAUGUUUUUUCUUAUUCAUAAAAGGUAUUCUAAAAGGUCUUCGGUUUUUUGAAACUGGUUUGUCAAGCUGAUUGGCUUUUAUGUCACAAGAAAAAAUAUAUUUUGCUUUUAGGAACAAUUUGUUAGUCAAUAAACGUUAUCUUUGCCUGCAUACAA